GCGUUGCUCUGCGGGCGGGACCACGCGAGCGGUCCCCGGGGGCGGGACGGGGUCACGUGUGUACACAGCCCCCGCGGCGUGCGCGCCGUGAGCUCCGCUGCCUCCUGCGAGCCCAGCUGCCCGCCCGCGGCCGGUGCGCGGGCCGCCGCCCAGCGAGCGAGCUGCGAAGCUGGGGUGAGGUGCCAUGUGGAGCUGUGGCCCACUCAACAGCACAGCGUGGGGUGAGGAGCCGCUGUGCCGCAACCUGCGCCUGGGGCUGUGGGUCCUCUCGCUGCUCUACCUGGGGGCAGGAGUCCCUGUGGGCUUGGGCUACAAUGCCCUGCUGGUGCUGGCCAACCUGACAAGUAAGAACAGCAUGACCAUGCCAGACGUGUACUUCGUGAACAUGGCGGUGGCAGGGUUGGUGCUCACGGCACUGGCACCUGCAUACCUGCUGGGACCCGCCCACUCCAGGUGGGCCCUGUGGAGCCUCAGCAGUGAGGCACAUGUGACACUGCUCAUCCUGUUCAAUGUGGCUUCCCUGGUGACCAUGUACUCCACUGCACUGCUGAGUCUCGACUACUACAUCGAGCGUGCCCUGCCACGCACCUACAUGGCCAGUGUGUACAACACCCGGCAUGUGUGCGGCUUCGUCUGGGGAGGGGCAGUGCUCACCAGCUUCUCCUCCCUGCUCUUCUACAUCUGCAGCCACGUGUCUUCUCGCAUCGCCGAGUGCACCCGGAUGCAGAACACGGAGGCUGCUGAUGCUAUCCUUGUGCUCAUCGGCUAUGUGGUGCCAGGUCUGGCUGUGCUGUAUGCGCUGGCACUCAUCUCAAGGAUUGGGAAAGAAGACACGCCCCUGGACCAGGAUGCUAGCAGGCUGGACCCCUCGGUGCAUAGGCUGCUAGUGGCCACUGUGUGCACACAGUUUGGGCUCUGGACACCUUACUACCUGAGCCUGGGGCACACGGUGCUGGCCUCACGGGGGAGGACCGUAGAGGGGCAUUAUCUGGGCAUCCUGCAGGUUGCUAAAGACUUGGCCAAGUUCCUGGCCUUCUCAAGCAGCUCCGUGACGCCAUUGCUGUACCGUUACAUCAACAAAGCCUUCCCUGGCAAGCUCCGAAGGCUAGUGAAGAAAAUGCACUGUGGGCACCGGCACUGUUCCCCUGACCCUGCGGGCAUCCAGCAGGUGAUGGCUCAGGCAUAGCUAACCCCUCCCUGGUUUUAAGUCCCAGGAGAGGGCCUGACCAUGAGGAACACUAAAAUCCAACUGGACGCAUAGCACUUUGUUCCCCAAGCACAUGGCGCUUCCAUCCAUCCCCAGGAGACAUGCUGAAUCCAGAAUAGCACAGGGGGACAUUCUCUUGACAUUUUCUGUCUUUUCCCCUAAAAGGCCAAUCCUGGUCUGCAGCUGCAUUGUGGAAAGCGGUGGCGCCUUGUGUGAACGGGCUGCUUCUAACUAACCUCCCCACCUGCCCCUCAAGGUGUGUGCCUUUCUCCCAGGGACACCUUCAAGGUUCAUGUCCUCAAAAGCAGGCUGACCCUUUGGCCUCCCUGGUAUUUGGGCUUUCUAAAUGAAGUGGUGAAAUCUAAAGCCAGUAUUUAUAUUUCAUAUUGACACAAUACUUGAUUCUCCUCCCUCU